CAGCGGCUGAGGCGGGCGGGUAAGGUACCGGCUGCCGCUGACCGGAGAGAGAAGCUGCCCGCCGACGUCAGCCUGGGGCGCGGCGCGCCGCGGUACCCGGUGGGCAGAGCAGAACUUCUCUCCUCUAGGGAAGCUGGAAGGGAAACAGCUAUGGCCAAGGACAUCCUGGGUGAAGCAGGGCUGCACUUUGAUGAGCUGAACAAGCUGCGGGUGUUGGACCCAGAGGUUACCCAGCAGACCAUAGAGCUCAAGGAAGAGUGCAAGGACUUUGUGGACAAAAUUGGCCAGUUUCAGAAAAUAGUUGGUGGUUUAAUUGAGCUUGUUGACCAACUUGCAAAAGAAGCAGAAAAUGAGAAGAUGAAGGCCAUUGGUGCUCGGAACUUGCUCAAAUCCAUAGCCAAGCAGAGAGAAGCCCAACAGCAGCAACUCCAGGCACUAAUAGCAGAAAAGAAAAUGCAGCUCGAAAGGUAUCGGGUUGAAUAUGAAGCUUUGUGUAAAGUAGAAGCAGAACAAAAUGAAUUUAUUGACCAAUUUAUUUUUCAGAAAUGAGAUGAAAAUUUCAUUUUAUAGCAGGAGGGCAAAAAAAAAAAAACAAACCAAAACACCUCUGUCCCAUUCCAGUGACUUGACUAAUGACCCAAGUAUGUCGUGAGAUGGUGUGUAGGGAAUGCAGCAUCUCUGAAGGCAAUAAAACCAACCUGGGGAGCGUGUUUCAGAUGUCAGUGCAUAUCUGCUGGCGAACACCCAGUGGCUGUGGUGGUCCAGGUUCUCACCUCAUGCAUUCUCAGUCUGAACUGAGCAGUCUGUAAACUUUGAUCCUUUUUUUUGUAAAUUCACAAAGCUUUGGAAGGAAAAGCAAUAAAUUAUUGUUUUCAAAUGGC